GUCCUCUCGCGUCACAUGGCCAGUCCAGUGCACAGCUGACCAUCCAUUCAAUGCUACGCAGCUUUCCAGCAGCUAUAUAACACGCCGGCCGGCUGCAGACAUUGGAGACCCAAGCUUCUUCUUCAGUAAGCUUGUAGCCAGCCAGCCAGCCAUGGGGAGGGGGAACGGAGUGAUGGGGAGCAAAGCUGUGGCGCUCGCGCUGCUGCUCUGCCUGAGCAGCGCGGCGGUGGGCGCGUGGGCGAGGCCCGUCGCGAACAAGGGGAAGCACGCCGCAGACGAGAAGUUCCUGUUGCUGAAGAAGCACUUCGGCAAGGGACUUGGAGGUGGCCUUGGGAAGGGUGGUGGGCUCGGUGGAGGUGGCGGUGGCGGCUACGGUGGUGGAGGAGGGCUCGGUGGCGGUGGCGGCUACGGUGGUGGAGGAGGGCUCGGUGGCGGUGGCGGCUACGGUGGUGGUGGAGGACUAGGUGGUGGCGCUGGCCAUGGUGUCGGUGGAGGUCUUGGUGGUGGGUUUGGCAAAGGCGGCCUUGGCGGUGGUUUUGGUAAAGGUGGAGGUCUUGGCGGAGGCAUCGGUAAAGGUGGUGGUCUUGGUGGUGGAAUAGGCCAUGGCAUCGGCGGUGGUUUUGGUAAAGGCGGAGGUCUUGGCGGCGGCAUCGGCAAAGGCGAAGGACUCGGCGGUGGUUUUGGUAAGGGUGGAGGUCUUGGCGGCGGCAUCGGUAAAGGUGGAGGACUCGGCGGUGGUUUUGGUAAGGGUGGAGGUCUUGGCGGCGGCAUCGGCAAAGGCGGAGGACUCGGCGGUGGUUUUGGUAAGGGUGGAGGUCUUGGCGGCGGCAUUGGCAAAGGCGGAGGACUCGAUGGUGGAUUUGGUAAGGGUGGAGGUCUUGGCGGUGGCAUCAGCAAAGGCGGAGGACUCGGUGGUGGAUUUGGUAAGGGUGGAGGUCUUGGUGGCGGCAUCGGCAAAGGUGGCGGUCUUGGUGGAGGGAUAGGCCACGGCAUCGGCGGUGGAUUCGGUAAAGGCGGAGGUCUUGGCGGCGGCAUCGGCAACGGUGGAGGACUCGGUGGUGGUGCCGGUGGCGGGUAUGGCAAUGGUGGUGGUCUUGGAAAUGGAGGCGGGCUCGGAGGCGGCAUCGGCCAUGGACUCGGUGGUGGCAUUGGAAAGGGUGGGGGUCUCGGUGGCGGCUUUGGCAAAGGUGGUGGACUAGGGGGCGGCUUUGGCGGUGGAGACGGCGGAGGCGGCGGUUUUGGCGGAGGCUUUGGCAAGGGAGGCGGAUUCGGUUUCGGGAUCGGCAAAGGUGGCGGUGGCGGGAUCGGCGGCGGCCACUGAUGUUGCAGUAUGUACGUUUGGCUCAGCUCUGUUCUGCUGAGGGCCGUUGGUCGUCAUAGUAUUCUGUCGAUGUGAGCAGUACGUGUGAUGAAACAUAUUUUUCCCUUGUAGAAUCUCACCACUAGUAUUUUCUUGUGUCUCCUGUUCUCUCAGGGAGACGUAUUCUCGCGCAUGUACGUUGGUGAUGGAACUGAUGGUAAUAUAUGAGCAUCUUGUAUGUCUUGGUC